CAAAAUGAAAUCAACACUUUUACUUUUAUGUAAAGAACUUUGGAAUGAAGGUGGAAACCCAGAGAGCUGUAACAGAAUUUGAAGUACAGUCUCUGAAGGAUUUUGUCAUUUUUGUUGCAGUAAAAAAAAACAGAAACAGAAUAGCGGGUAUUUAUCUUAUUUCUCCUCCCAACUUCUCCCACAUUUUUGUCUUUUUAACUGGACAAGAAGACAAGAGGCUUGCUCUUUUCGACAGUAACUACAAAGACAUUUCUCAAAGGAUUUGAUGCUUCCUUUUGGGCUGCAGGUGUCCUGUUCUCCUUUUAACAAAACACAACUAACUUUGGGAGUCCAAAAUCCCAUCUCUGCAGCUUUGGGCUCACCAUUCACAACCAGCGCCACCAUUUACCAGCCUGGUAACGAAGCUCCACAAACCGAUCCUGCACAUCUGUGUCGGUGAUGAGGUCCACCCCUGCUCUGUUGUUCGUCUGUUUUUGGAUGAACUCUGGCAUCCAGGCUGUUCAGAAAGAUCAAAAAUGUGGAUCUACUCCGGCGGUGAACCCAAAGCGUCGAUUCCUGAGGGUGGUCGGAGGAACCCAAGCUAMAUAUGGAUCCCACCCGUGGCUGGUAUCGAUACAGAAUAAAGGCUCUCAUUUCUGUGGAGGGGCCAUUCUGACCGACAGCUGGAUACUGACUGCGGCACACUGCUUCCCAUCCUUAUCAAAUGUCUUUCUGAGUAGUGUGACGGUUCUGGUGGGAGAGUUUGACCUGCGAGUAGAAGACAAAGAUGAGCAAGUCUUCACAGUCAAGUCUCUGUUAACCCAUGAGAACUACAACCACGCAUGUCCAAUGAAUUAUGACAUAGCUCUGGUGGAACUGGAUCGUCACGUCGCAAUGGGAGCUCGUGUCAGGCCAAUAUGUCUGCCUCUACCUGAUUUUAAAAUCCCGUCAUCGGCUAAAUGUGUUGUUGCUGGUUGGGGAAAGACAUGGGAAAGAGGACACAUUCCUGCAGUCCUGAGAGAAGUCCACCUGGGUUUGGUAGAUCAGGCCAAGUGUAAAUAUGUCCAACUGAUGAUCAAAAGCUCAUUUCCAAAACAGAAACAAAAGUUCCUCGAUCCAGCCAUGACGAUUCUGUGUGCUGGAGCUGAGGGAGGAGGCAGAGACGCCUGCCAGGGAGACUCUGGCGGUCCUCUGGUAUGUCAGGCAAGGCCCGGAAGCGACCGUUGGAUCGUGCUGGGAAUAACUUCCUGGGGUCAAGGAUGCGGUCGGAGCUGGGGAAUAAAAAGCAACCGGCAUCCGUCAAAGAAAGGAUCUCCGGGAAUUUUCACUGACGUCAAGCUGCUUCUGCCCUGGAUCAAGCAGAAGAUGAGGGAGGCUGAGCAGCAACAACUAUCAACUUCAGGACUGUGUAGUGUGACAGAUGGCCCGGUAUCGGACAGUGAAGGGUUGAUCAGGAACCCCGCUUUCCCUGACACCUACUAUGACAACAACCAGUUGUGUUUGUGGAGCAUCGAUGCUCAUCCAGGUCACAGCAUUCUGCUAGAGUUUGAUCAUUUUGAUGUGGAAAAUAGCUCGUAUUGUCACUUCGACCGACUCACGGUUUCAGGAUCAAAGAACAGGACUGUUGCAAUAUUCUGCGGUAAAUUACUACCACCUCGAGUGCUUCUACAGAAUUCCCAGAAUGCAAUGCUGCUCUUCUCCUCUGACAUUAAUAGAGCAGGGCGUGGCUUUGCUGUCAGGUACCGUGGGGUCAAAGGAUCCUUUCCUCCAGCAUGUGGGACUAUUGUUCAGGUGGAGGAUCAGAUUUCACUCCACACCCCAAAUUACCCACAGUCCUACAGUAAUGACUGUGCGCUCCGCUGGGUCAUCUACUCUCCUCCAGGACGUCUAGUUAAGCUGACGUUUGCUGAUUUUGACCUGGAAGAGUCGGAGAGAUGUUUGCAUGAUUCACUGACAGUUCUGGGAGACGUUGAAGGAAACAAAGAGAUUGCUGUGUUGUGUGGUGACAGUAUUCCCCCUCCGGUCGUCUCCUUCAGCAGCAUCAUGGUGCUUCAUUUCACCUCAGACAGCCGCAUCACUCACAGGGGCUUCAGCGCAGGACUGACCUUCAUCGGGAAGGAAGCUCUCCUUUCUGAAUGUCUCCAGUGUAAACUCUCACCACACCCAGAGCCUUGGAGACCUUGGUCUUGCUUUUCCCCUGGCUAUCUCUUUCUUCUCCCAGUUUGUGAAAGUGGAACUCCACCCACUGACAUCUGCAGUGACUCAUACAAGGUAUUCAUUCAAGCAUCCGUCCGGAAGCAAAGCUCUGACCCAUUAGGUGUUGAGAAACGAGUCCUCGGCGGAUCAAAGAUUUCAUGCUGGAAGGAAAUCGGAUCACGAAGAGCACAGUGGUGAAUCCUUGGAAAAUUGACACUUAUUGCUGGAAUGAGACUCAUCUUCAUUUAGAAAGAGAGAAACUAGAAUUGAUCAACCACUUUCUGUUCAGUCUCUGAUUGGUGUUAGCUUUCAGGGCGAACAUAAAAAAAACAUUUACAUGUUGAUUUACCUGUGUAAAAAUAAUCUGGUGUCAAGACGUGUUAAAAAUUAAAUGCAACUUUUGUAGAAAUAGAAUUUUUCACUAUGUUCAUAGUCACAUUUCUAUUAAUUGCAAUAAAGUAUAUUAGUUGAUUGCACAUUUA